UUCGAGACCUAGCAGACACGCAAAUGGCUUGCUCCGCUGUCGCCCUGUCGGUGGCCACUGUCUCGGCGGUGGUGGCCCUCACAUGCACCUCCAUAGCCUUCGGUACCGACAACUGGUACGAAGUGAGGGUGAAUCCAGAUGGAAACGAAAGGCUGGCCAGCCUUCAAGAGUUCGAAUCGGAUUUGAGGUACUACAGCAGAGAUGAAGGAAUAUUCAGAAUAUGUUUUCCGGAUAAGAGACCUAAAGGAGUUCAAACGUAUAUGUCCCCUGUUCAAACUCAAUGCAUAAAUAUCGACUAUUACAUAAACGACAAUGGCAUUUCUGACACAUUUACUGACCAAAGAUGGAUGCGACUUCACAUGGCAAGAUCUGUAGUUGCUCUGUUCAUUGUAUCAUUCCUGUUUUCUACAUUGUCAGCAUUUCCAGGUCUUGUAGGUUGCUGGAGACGGUCGCACAGUAACAUUAUAGCCACAGGAUUACUUCAAUUAUUAGCAGGCCUAGUCGUUGCAUCUGCUAUAGGACUCUGGCAUGCCAUUCCUCACUACGAGUAUGAAAAACUGAAUUUUCCAGAAAUGAGCUUCAGCAGAUGGCCAGAAGUUCUCCAAAUAUACAGCAGAAGUUAUUAUGGCUGGUCUUACGUCCUUGCAUGGCUGGGAGUUGCGCUAACGCUGUCCUCCUCUUUCAUGUUCCUUUGUGGAGCCCAGUGCCUCAGAAAGGAAAAACAGAAGGAAAAAACGCAAGGAACUGCCUACCUUGUACCCAUCUAUGCUGGACCUUAUCACUGUCCUUACUCUUACUAAACCAUAUUAGUGCUAAUAACUUUCACUGUACAUAUCGAGCAGGUAAAAGUGCCUGCUUGGCAAUACGAACACUCAACAAAAUGUGGUGGUGAGAAUGUAUAUUUUGCAACAGACUUGAAUACUGCUCAAGUGCUUGAAUAGUAAUUCGUUUGAUGAUUCAUCGAAUAAUAUCAGCUCUUACAUGCAGAAGUUAAGCAUGGUAUUGAUGGAGGAACCGUAGACGCCUCUACAGGAAGAGGAAUUUUAAAAAUGGGUUAUUAGAUAAAGCAGUAUCACUUUUAGUCAUAUUAAAUCUCUGGAUUAAGUGAAACGGGUUAAUCCAUGUUUAAAA